AUGGUUCGAAGUGGUGCUGGUGUUAUUGCAAAGAUUUCGAUUCAAGUAAACAAACCGGAGAAACAUGAUGCAAGCUUUUGCCUAUCACGAGUUUUACUCAAUGAUAUUCAUCUACUGAAAUCAAGUAUGAGUGAUAAACCGAAGAAGCCACCGAUGGAACAGAUUACUGAUAAGAUGGAAGAACUUGAAGUUGGUCAAGAACAAAAUGAUGAAGAAUUAGAUGAAGAAGCAUUAGCGAUGAAAGCAAUGGGUUUGCCAACAUCAUUCACAUCGUCAUUGAUCGAACGGUCAAAACCUCAUCGUCGAACACGCUCAGGAUCAUUAUCUCAGGAACAAAUGACUGAAGAAUCGUCGUUUGACAAUGUCGAUUUGCCGAAUGAAGAUCUGUUUAAAACUGCACUAGAUGAUUGGCUCGAUUAUUGGAAUCGCGAUGGUUAUCAAUUAGCAACAGAUACAUGGACAGGUCAUUCUGAUGUUCAUAAUCGUUCAGAUGGAAAUGACACAUCACAUUCAUCGGACGAUUCAUUAUCUGAACAAGCUAUCACUGAUCUUUGGCGACAACAUUAUCUAACAACAUACGAUAAAAAUCUUCGAGAAUAUUGUUCUAAUCAUCAGUUAGAUUAUGAUGAAUUCGUCGAAUAUAUUUCUAGUGUUUACGGUGAGAAUGAUGGUGAUUUACGAACAAAAGCUGUUCACCGAAGUGAUUCUACAGAUGAACAAGAUGAUAUUCCUAAACGAAUGAAAACUGAUGCUCAUUCAAUUGAUGAACAAAAUGAAACAAAAAAUCAAUUCGAACAUCUCGGUCUCUACUUUACCGAUUCUAAUACAUCAUCGAAAAUCAAUUCAUCGUUAGUUGAAUAUACGAAAAACUGGAAACAUCUAUCCUAUGGUCUUGUUCUAAAACAAGCGAUUCGUUUACAUACACAAUGGAUGGAAGAUGAUAAGAUGGUUAUUGACGACGACGAAAAGAAAGACAAAAAAGGCAAGAAGAAAUCAAAACAACUUGUUCUUGACAAGAAAAAUAUUCCCGAAGAAUUCCAUAAUGAUCCAGAAUUGUUAAAAUAUUGGCUUCAACGUUAUCGACUCUUUGCCAAAUUCGACGAAGGCAUUGUUCUUGAUCGAGAGGGAUGGUUCAGUGUUACACCGGAAAAAAUUGCUCGUCACAUUGCUAAACGCUGUCGAUGUAACGUUAUUGUCGACGCUUUUUGUGGUGUAGGUGGAAAUACCAUUCAGUUUGCAUUUACGUGUGAAAAAGUUAUUGCGAUCGAUAUUGAUCCAAAGAAGAUCGAAAUGGCAAAAAACAACGCCCGAGUAUAUGGAGUUGAAGAUCGUAUUGAAUUCGUUCAAGGUGAUUUUCUUGAAAUAGCACCGACUUUAACCGCUGAUGUUGUCUACUUGAGUCCACCGUGGGGCGGUCCCGCUUAUGGUACGAUUGAACUAUUCGAUCUUGAAAAACAUAUCGAACUGAAUGGUUACCGAAUCUUCGAGGUGGCGAAAAAGAUCACACCUAAUAUUGCCUAUUUCCUUCCACGAAAUGUUAACGUUGAACAAGUAAUCUCAUUAAUGGAUGACAAAACACCGAUGGAACUCGAACAAAAUUUUCUGAACAACCGUUUAAAAACUAUAACUGCGUAUUUUGGUGAACUAGCUAAGCAAACGCAGUAUUGA